GGGACAAUGUCACGAUGGACGAGGGGGGCACGCCCCUGCUCCCCGACAGCCUGGUCUACCACAUCUUCCUGAGCCUGGGCCCCGCCGACGUGCUGGCCGCCGGCCUGGUGUGCCGCCAGUGGCAGGCCGUGUCCAGGGACGAGUUCUUGUGGCGGGAGCAGUUCUACCGCUACUACCAGGUGGCCCGCGAUGUGCCCCGACACCCAGCCGCCACGUCCUGGUAUGAGGAGUUCCGGCGGCUCUACGACGCGGUGCCCUGCGUGGAGGUGCAGACGCUGCGGGAGCACGCAGACCAGGUCCUGCACCUGAGCUUCUCCCACUCGGGGGCUCAAUUUGCGUCCUGCUCCAAGGACUGCACUGUGAAGAUCUGGAGCAACGAGCUGGUGAUCACACUGCUGCACAGCACGGACAUGCGGCCUUACAACUGGAGCUACACGCAGUUCUCCCAGUUCAACGUGGAUGAUUCACUGCUGCUGGUGUCUGGCGUCUUCCUGGGCCCUCACAACUCCUCGUCGGGAGAGAUUGCUGUCAUCAGCCUGGACACCUUCACCCUCCUGUCACGUGUGCGGAACAAGCCCUACGACGUGUUUGGGUGCUGGCUCACAGAGACCAGCCUCAUCUCAGGGAACCUGCACCGGAUUGGGGACAUCACCUCCUGCUCUGUGCUUUGGCUUAACAAUGCCUUCCAGGACGUGGAGUCGGAGAACGUGAACGUGGUGAAGCGGCUCUUCAAGAUCCAGAACGUCAAUGCCAGCACCAUCCGCACCGUCAUGGUGGCGGACUGCAGUCGCUUUGACAGCCCCGACCUGCUCCUGAAUGCGGGCGCUCCCGCCAUGUCCCCCUGCCGUGUCUUUGACCUUGGCGGUGGUGGCUACAGUGAGGAUGAGGCCCCAGCCCCAGGCCGCGCCACGGAGGGCCUGCGGCGCUUCCUGGACAACAUCCUGGAGGGGCGGGUGCAGCCCCCACUCUCGGAGAGCAUGCUUGAGACGCGGGUGGCCGAGCUGCUGGCCCGCAGAUGCACGAAGCCCCCUGAGCCAGCGCUUGGUGACAGGAGAAAGUAUCUCAUCUUCACCACAGGCUGCCUCACCUACUCGCCACACCAGAUUGGCAUCAAGCAGAUCCUGCCACACCAGAUGACCACUGCAGGGCCGGUGCUGGGAGAGGAGCGGGGAGCAGAUGAGUUCUUUGACUCUCUGGAUCACGUCAUUGAUGUGCAUGGCCACGUCAUUGGAAUGGGCCUGUCACCUGACCACAGGUACCUGUACGUGAACAGUCGCUCAUGGCCCAGUGGUGCGGUGGUGGCUGACCCCAUGCAGCCGCCGCCCAUCGCAGAGGAGAUUGACCUGCACGUGUUUGACCUCAAAACCAUGAGUGAAGUGAAGCGGGCCCUACGUGCUCACCGCGCCUACACGCCCAACGACGAGUGCUUCUUCAUCUUUCUGGAUGUCAGCAGGGACUUCGUGGCCAGUGGCGCCGAGGACCGGCAUGGCUACAUCUGGGACCGUCACUAUAACAUCUGCCUGGCCAAGCUGCGGCACAAAGAUGUGGUCAACUCCGUGGCCUUCAGCCCCCGGGAGCAGGAGCUCUUGUUGACGGCCAGCGACGAUGCCACUAUCAAAGCCUGGCGCUCCCCUCGCACAGUGCGCGCCCUCCAGGCCCCCCGCCCCCGACGCCCCUUCUUUUCCUGGUUUCCUUGCCAGAGGCGCUGAG